CCAAUCAAGAACUAUUAUAUCCUCCUUAUUUGGUAGAACUAGCUUGAAAAUCAAUGCGAACAUCGUAAAGUCGGCUUAACUGACCGUUGAAUCGAAUACAGAUAAAUUUCAAUAAAAGCACUAUUUGUAAUUGGCAUACAACCUGUCACUUGGAAAGCACUUACUAUAAAACUUUAUCGCUGAACUGUGGCCGUUGUGAAAAAGGAGACAAAGCUACGUGCAGUGUAGUGUGCCAUCUCGCUUCCAUUUAAGAAACAAUUCUGCGUCAUAAGCUCACAAAAUCCCACUGAGUUUAGUCAGUAAUUGGGCUUAAAUCGUGCCUCUGCGACUUGAUAAGUAUUGAUUAUAGAAUUAAAUGCUAGGUCAAAGAUUAUCAUCGUGUAAUUGAAUUGCAAAUUAAUGUCUUAUAAUAUUGUCCGUUGCAAAUCCUGCGAAACUCGAUUGAGAAAUAAAGUAAUGAUUACAACGACAUGUCUUGAAUUACGGUGACUUGGGUCGAGAAUAGAUUAAUGCUGUUCCCACGCAAAUUAUAAGAAACGACUGAAGGAAGCAUAGGUGUGGCAAUAGAUCAUUGCCAUUAAGUACUUACUUUUGAUUAUAAGUCUACUAGCUUCUGCAAUAGAAAUUCUGUUUGAAGCUUACUAUUCAUGCGGCACACGUGGGUUGAAAUCUAAAGAAAUUAAUUUAUGAUGUGCGAUACACCGGCGCGUAGUAAUUAUAAUUUACGUUUAUAGCUCUUUGUUUCAUUUCGAAAGGCAUGAUCAUUUAGGUUAUUUAUUGCAGGUUAGUCAUUAAUUUGAUUCAUUAAUUUAAAAUAUCGCUGAAGUUGUACUAUAACACUUUAAUGAGUCGUAUUGUUUUUGAAAGGUAACUUUUUGUUCUUGAUUUCUUCGCAGUGACGUUUUUUUGCCUAAAUGAUGGUACAUUUAAAUUAAAAAAAAAACGUAAACUAUCCGACUCAAUGCCAAUAUUCGUAUCAAUUAAGGUUCUCUUCAGCCGAACCGUUUCAAACGCGAUUUGAAUUGCAAAUACACACUUUUUCUUCGCGUUUCGAAUGUACGUCUAAAUGGAUCUAAUUGGAAAUUCAACGCUCCUUAAAUCGUCCAAGUUUGUUUCCAGAAGCGAAUUGGUCCUUUUGACAGAUUAUUUAUUGAACGAACUGUACUGAAAAACUGGAACAUUUUACGUCCUGAAUAUCCACCAUCCAAUAUUUGAGGAUCCAAACAUUCAUGAAGACUAAUGACCAGCUUGUUUCGGAAUCGUUGACGAAAAACAAAUGGCAAAUAUUGACAGCUUUAUUUAGAGAAAGUGAACGAAUGCUGGCGGAAGAGGAAAUUCGGCGGAUGAAUAAAAACUGCUUCAAAAUUGACAUCACGUUUUUAAAACAGUUAAAAAAACAACUGGUUGAAUACUUUAAACUAAAAAUCCCAUCGCUCCUCAUCCAAAAAGCAGUGUCACAUGAUGUGUCUAAUAUAUUCUAUUUCUUUUUCAGAUAUCAAUGGUUUAUCAUUCUGCUUCUGUCUUCGCUGUGCACCGCCAACGAUGGACUCUUUGGAUCCAAAUUUCAAACCGAUAUUCCCGAAUACGACUUGCUGCACGCGAUUGGAGUACCGUUCAGUAAUCCGAAAACGCAAUAUUUCGAUGAAGGACUCGACGGGUUUCCAGCUUACGGCCUGAUGCCCGGCUCCGAUAUCAAGUCACCUUACCGCCUGUUCAUGCCAGAGAAACUGUACGCGGAAUACUCCAUAACAGCUACAGUGAGACCGGCAAACAAAGAUGGCGGAUUUUUAUUCUCAGUCGUCAACCCUUUGGAAACUGUUGUUCAGUUAGGGGUGCAGUUGAUCCCGUCUGGCCCUGGUUUGACGAACAUUUCUCUGCUGUACACGGACGCUAAUAUUUAUGCUUUAUCUCAAACGAUAGCGUCGUUUGUUGUUCCGUCGUUUGCGAAGAAGUGGAGUAGGUUUGCUUUGAGGGUUACGACUGAUAAUGUCACGCUGUUCCUGAAUUGCCACGAGUUUGAUACCGUCGUUGUGAAGAGGAAUCCUCUGGAGCUGGUCUUCGAUUCUGCUUCGACUUUGUACGUGGGCCAAGCUGGUCCUUUGAUUCGAGGUGCUUUUCACGGUGCGUUUCAAGAGCUCAAGUUGUAUGGAUCACCGACUCAGGCUGAAGUGCAGUGUGUCAAUACUUUUGAGGAAUCCGGCGACGGCGAUGAGAUUGACAUAGACAAUUACUUGGUUGAUCAAGAGGAGGGUGAUGCUGAAGGCUCCGGGAGGUAUGGCACCAUACCGCCUUUCCCCCCUCCACCACCCGGCUUGGACGGUACAGGAUACAUGCUACGACUGAAAGGCGAAAAAGGCGAACGAGGACCAAGGGGUGCUCCAGGCGAGUCUAUCAGGGGUCCACCUGGUCCUCCCGGUCCUCCAGGGCCAUCUGGUCCUUCUGGGACUCCCGGGGUGGUUGCCGAAAUAUCUGGUUCCGGAGAUGAUAGGAGUACAGUCAAGCAGAUUUUUGGAGAAAACUACGCAUCGCUUGGACAAUGUGGGUGCAACUCCAGCACUAUACUGGCUCUUCUGCAAACGGCUCCAGAACUGAAAGGACCACCUGGACCCCCAGGGAUUACUGGUGCUGAUGGAAGAACUGGCUCACCUGGUUUACCGGGCCAACCGGGCACACCUGGUGAACGUGGUCCAGUCGGGCCACGAGGUGACAAAGGAGACCGAGGUGAUUCUGGUCCCAGAGGAGCAGAAGGACCAGCUGGGCCCAAAGGUGAGGCAGGGGUGGAUGGCAGAGCAGGGCCCCCUGGUCCACCCGGGCCCCCAGGAACACCCGGAUCCUCAGAUUACAGUAACUUUGAUGAAUCCUUAAUUGGGUCGUACGGCGGUGCUAUAGGAAGACCUGGAGCGCCUGGACCUAAAGGUGACGUAGGGCAACCCGGACCAAUAGGGCCACAAGGUGAAAGAGGCUUCCCAGGGCAAAAGGGAGAGAGAGGACAAGCUGGCAUUGCUGGACAUAAAGGAGAUAGAGGCUACCUCGGCCCUCAAGGUGAGAGAGGGUACAAAGGUGAUCGUGGCAGCCCUGGACUGGAUGGAAGACCAGGAAUACCAGGUGCCAGUGGAAGACCCGCAGACAAAGGCGAAAAGGGUGAAAGAGGAGAGCCGGGUCCACCAGGACCACCAAUUCCUGGAGUUUAUAAUCCUGAUGACGCCGAGUUUUUGGCUACUGGACAAAGGCAAGCUGUGGCUGGCUUGAAAGGAGACAAAGGUGAAAAGGGUGAAAAAGGAGCUGGUGGCAACGAUGGUCCUCCAGGGUUUCCCGGUAAGGAUGGGAAGGCGGGUGAGCGCGGCGACAUUGGACCAUCGGGUAUGCCCGGCAUUUCUGGACCACCUGGUCCUCCCGGCUUGAAAGGGGAGAGAGGAGAGCGGGGCCCACCUGGACCUAUCAGCGUCACCAUGGCUGGAUCUGAUAUUGUUACUAUCAAGGGUGAUAAAGGAGAUGCCGGGGUACGAGGUAGGCGGGGGAGGCCAGGACCACCCGGACCUAAAGGCAGUAUCGGUAACCAAGGACCCCCAGGACUUCCUGGAAGACCAGGAGACAAAGGGGAUAUAGGCUUACCUGGAUGGAUUAAUGCUAAGGGUCGACCAGGGACUUUAGGACCCCCUGGAGCCCAUGGGCCUCCUGGACCCAAAGGAGAGAAAGGGGAUCCUGGAGUGAACGUCUUGGAUGUCUCCAUGUUCAAAGGCGAGAAAGGCGACCGUGGCUUCGACGGACUUCCAGGAUUACCAGGAGUGCCAGGCCCCGCUGGGCCUCCCGGUCCAUCUGGGACUCUCUCCGAAGCUGUCCAGUACCUCCCCGGCCCUCCAGGACCACCUGGUCCACCUGGUCCCCCUGGGACCCCCGGAGUCUCCAUUGUGGGACCUAAAGGAGAACCGGGAAUCAGUCAUCUUGAAGAACACCCUGUGCAUGGAAGUACUAAGUUUUAUGGAAGACCAAUAAUAAAGAGUCCUCUUGAUGAACUAAAGGCUCUAAAGGAAAUCAAAGACAGGGAGAGGGAUAGACACGGGCCUGUUCACGCACCUCCUUCAAUGUCGCACACAGCACAGAACACAGAAGAUUCAAACAAGUCAGUUCCAGGAGCUGCCGUGUUUCAAACUACUGAAGAAAUGUUGAAACUCGCAUCAUCAAGCCCUGUCGGUGCCCUGGCUUACGUUGUCGAAGAGCAAGCUUUGUUUGUCAAAGUUAAUUCCGGAUGGCAAUACGUACUGUUAGGCUCCCUAGUGACGCAAUCGGCGCCUGCGCAUCACAAGCCUGCGCCAGCGCCGGCGUCACCGCCCAUGCCGGCCGCAAGUCUUGUGCACGUGCCAUCUAUAUCCAACUUUGUGGAGAGCUCACCCGCCGUUGGACCUAGUCUCCACUUGGCGGCACUGAACGAGCCUCUCUCGGGCAACAUGCACGGGAUCCGCCGCGCCGACUAUGCGUGCUACCGACAAGGCAGGCGCGCCGGCUUCAGGGGAACAUUCCGAGCUCUACUAACUAGCAAAAUCCAAAAUUUGAACUCAAUAGUUCGUUACUCGGACCGACACCUGCCCGUCGUGAACACUCAAGGAGAGGUGCUAUUCAAGUCGUUUUCAGACAUGUUUGAUGGGAAUGGCGCAAUGGCGGCUGGAUCUAGGAUAUACAGCUUUAACGGCAGAAAUAUCCUCACUGAUUCACACUGGCCGCAAAAGGUGAUAUGGCAUGGAUCACGGGCAAACGGGGAGCGAGCGAUUGACAGCUUCUGUGAGGAAUGGCAAAAUGGUGACCCGGUCAAUCGCGGUCUGGCUUCGUCACUGUAUACCCACAAACUAUUAGGUCAAGAGAGAUACCCUUGCAACAAUCAUUUCGUAGUGCUUUGCAUAGAAGUGGCAUCCGAACUAAAUUCGCGGAGAAAAAGAGAAACACCAAGAUUUAAUGCUACCGGAUUACUAGAUGACGACGACUAUCUAUACAAUUCCGAGGAAUACCAACAGCUACUCAACGAAAUAUUUGCUCAACCGUUUAGAGAAAAUUAAAAUAAAUUCCCACUCGUUUAUGAGUUACCUUAGUACCGCUCCAGUGUUUGAAAUCGUACACGUUUUGAUGUUGAUAGCUUGCAAUAAAUCUCAUUCUCCCCCCGAAGGGAUAUUUAAAUGUAAACUUUGAAAUAUAAGAUUGGCAAUUUGAAAAAAUCUCUUCUUCUUUCGAUCGAAAUUAUUGUUUAGUUAGAGAUUUUUUUGUUCGCAAUUUGGAGAUCAACUCUUUACGUUGUACAAUGAUUUGGAACAUUGCAUACCGAGUAUCUUGUAUGUUUCAAUUUAUCUUAGCAUGCCUUCUGGUCAAAGGAAUUUGUCGAAUCUUCAGUGAAUUUCCGAACCAAAAUUUGUCUUCUUUCUGUCUAAAAGAAUCAAAUUAUAUUUUCCUCGCCAUUUUCUGUAUCUAAUUAUUCUUACGCUGGUCUAAACUAAAACUAGUUUAGCCAUAGUUAAACAACCACAUAAGACAAAUGAAUUUGAUCAGUGGCUUGUGACGUCUCCGUUGUAAACUUUAGCAAAAUUCUACAAUUGGGGUCGCGUUAAAUGAGAUUGAAGUACUAAGUCCUUAAGCUUGGUGUUCAUAUGAGAUUCCUAUUAAAUUAAGCGUUAUCUACGAGUUACUGCAGACCUAUAAUUGUAUUACUGUAUGUAUAGUAAAAUGUAAUAAGUUUGUGCUUCGUAACGCGUUUAGGAUGUUUGUAAAUAUACUUUUUUUUUUAAAUUAAGCUUAUGGGUCGUGAUCAAAAGAACUAUGUUUAAACAACAAGUACCUCUAAAAUUUCUAGCAAUUCUUUUAUCUGUGCCAAAAUGAAUGCUGGUAUUUAAAAAACAUGUAGACCAACACUGCCAUCUACAAAGUCAUAAGUCUUAUACUACAUGCUUUUCAAUCAGGGCAAGAUAGCGAGGAAGCAGUACGGCAAACUACACCGAAUACCUUUGUCUCGCUCCCACAUUGUCAACAGUCCUUGCUUAAAGAGGUUAUGACACUUCCUUUUUCUUACAUUGUCGUGACCUUGGAAAGCCUAUGUUCUUUUGUUGAACGACUCAUAAGCUUAUUUUUUAAUUAUUUCUAGUUUUAAACACAAUACCAAUGUUUGUGAUUUUUUUUCGAUAUUAU